UCCUAUUACAUUUGCCUGCAUAGAUACAGCUGCUAGGGUGGGUUCUGCACACAAGGACUUUAAAGAGCACCCCUUCUGCACCUCAGUGCCUUUGACUAUUUAUUUCAUAUCAAAUAAAUGCAGAAGAAAUAACUGAUACAGAUAUAAAGAGAUAAAGAGGAAGUAGAAGAAAAGAUCAACAGGGCCCCUUUUGGGAGACUGGAAAGAAGGAAGGAUCUUGGUUGCAGACAAUAUAUAUAAAACGGAAUUCAGAGCAGAGCAAUACAUCAAAUCCGUCUCUACAGAGGAUAAAAAACUAGGAGGAGGAAGUGGAAAUAGAGAAGGAAGAAAAGAGCUUGGGAUUAGUGCAUCGACUGGGGUGUGGAAAGAGGGAAGAAGGAAGGAUCUUGGUUGCAGACAUUAUACAGUGACCGGGAUUCAGGCUGGAGCAGAGAGGUUAACAGGAUUUCUUAACCAUAAUACUACCAAGUCCAAAGAUGGCAGCUAAUAAGCCCAAGGGGCAAAAUUCUUUGGCAUUGCAUAAAGUCAUCAUGGUAGGCAGUGGUGGAGUGGGAAAAUCCGCUUUAACACUUCAGUUUAUGUAUGACGAGUUUGUAGAAGACUAUGAACCCACCAAAGCUGACAGUUACAGGAAGAAGGUUGUGCUCGAUGGGGAGGAAGUUCAAAUUGACAUCUUGGAUACAGCUGGCCAGGAAGACUAUGCAGCCAUCAGAGACAACUAUUUCCGGAGCGGGGAAGGCUUCCUUUGUGUAUUUUCUAUUACAGAGCAGGAAUCUUUUGCAGCUACUGCAGACUUCAGGGAACAAAUUUUACGAGUGAAAGAAGAUGAGAAUGUUCCAUUCCUGCUGGUUGGUAACAAAUCUGAUCUGGAGGAUAAAAGACAAGUUUCUGUGGAAGAGGCAAAGAGCAGAGCUGAUCAGUGGAACGUCAACUAUGUAGAAACCUCAGCAAAGACACGAGCUAAUGUUGACAAGGUAUUUUUCGAUUUAAUGCGAGAAAUCCGAGCUCGAAAAAUGGAAGACAGCAAAGAAAAAAAUGGGAAGAAGAAGAGGAAAAGCCUUGCUAAGAGAAUAAGAGAAAGAUGCUGCAUUUUAUAAUGAAAAACCCACAAACCUCUCUGUUUUUUGUCAAUUUCUGAUAAGAACCAUAGCUUGUUAGCAUGCCCCAAGCAGCUCAGAUGGCUGGCUGUGCUUUAACUUUUUGGAGACAAUAAAUUAACACUAAGAGCAUGAGGUGGAGCUGCAAUGAAAUUCAACUUCACUAAAAAAAAAAAAAAAAAGUCCUAUUCUAACACCAGAAAGCAAAAAUCCAAUUCAUGUUACAUUGUCGCUUAUUUGUAUAAAUGCCCAGACAAUACACAUUUGUAGAGAGGUGGCAGGAGAUUGUCUGAAUCAAUUGUGCUUUUUCUGCGUUCUCUACAAAUGUAUUUAUCCUCAGUUCCAUUUAAUCAAAAUAACUACUCCAACUCCAUGAAAUAAAAAAUGAACUUUU